UUUGUACAGACGGCCUCUGAAUUGUAUGGAAAUUGCAAAAAUGGUAGCCACCAGCUCCUUGAGACGGUGAGCGUGCGGCGGCAUAAUUUAUUUAUCAAUUCCCGCGCACAACACAGUCUGUUCUCUUCCCAUCAUAUGAAAGUUUUCACUUGCUCCAUAAAUUCUAAUGGAUUCAGAAUCGUCACUUUCUUCUGCUAGCACGUUAAACCUCUUCCGCGAAACACCCCAACCGGGUUCAGGCCUAGGGUUCCUCGAUGCGCUAGAAAAACCCGUCUUUCCACCACCUCCUUGUCAAGAAGUCCCCCCCUCGCAGGCUUCGCAAAAUGCGAACUUUACCAUGGAGCCGGUGGUUGUGGAUGGAGUUACUAUGCUAAAGGGAAGAGUGAGUACCAAGGAAGUUUUUGGGUUAUCCAAUUCAGAUUUAGUCCCUGGGAAGUAUGAAGGAGGGCUCAAACUCUGGGAAGGUUCAUUAGAUCUUGUGAAAAUUCUCAACUCAGAAGUAAAAGAGGAAAAACUGUCAUUCAUUGGAAAGAGAGUUUUAGAGCUUGGUUGUGGUCAUGGACUUCCUGGGAUAUUUGCCAUCUCUCAGGCUGCUGCUGCUGUGCAUUUCCAGGAUUUUAAUGCUGAGGUCCUGCGGUGUCUCACCAUUCCAAAUGUAAAUGCCAAUACCCAGCAAAUGGCUAUAUCCUCAGUAAAAUGGAGUUCUGAGGCUGAACUGCGUUACUUUGCAGGGGACUGGGGUGACAUCCACUGCAUUCUUCCUCUUACUGAUGAUAAUGAUAAUGAUAUAAGCGAGGGUCAAACUGUGAAUGGCACUGCAUGUUAUGAUAUAAUUCUCAUGGCUGAAACAGUGUAUUCGAUGUCUGCACUCCCCAGUCUUUAUAAACUUAUUGAAAAGUGCACAAGUAGUCCUCAUGGAGUGGUCUAUGUAGCUGCUAAAAAGCAUUACUUUGGAGUUGGCGGGGGAUCAAGACGAUUUGUUUCAAUGGUGGAGAAACAUGGUGUUUUUAAGGCCGUUCUUGUGGGCGAGAUUGCAGAUGGUUCAUCUAAUGUUCGAGAGGUGUGGAAACUUCAUUUAAAAUCAAACUAACCGUGUAUUUUUGUCCUUUGGUGCCAUUCUUAAUGUAUCAAUUUGGGAAUGCUGGUGAUGAAUUAAAGUAUGAUUCUAUUUUUCCCCCUUGAUUAUAAUAAAUCAUCUUUUUCAUUUUCUGAAUUGCAUUAUCAC